UAAAAAUGAAGUUUGCACUAGUGAGCUGGUCGAAGGGAAAGGAUAAAGAUGCUCUCAGUAUUAUCCCCGUAAAUUGGAUUGUAGACUUUGAUCCUGAAAACUCUAAAAAGGAGUAUCUUAUUGAGUGCCGCAGCAUUGGUUGCAGGAGGCCUACGAAUGGGUGGCUGGUUGAACCUGCACACAUACUGCAGUUGGCAGAAAAGGAGUCUACACUUAAGAUUGCUGAGCAGAAACUCCUGCAAGAGGACCUACCAAUGAGCAAGAAGAGAAAGAGGGUACUCAACAAACUCUUCCUUGACACACCUAAGGAAACUGUUGAACAAGUUGCAAAAAAGAAAAACUACAAAUUCAUUGCUGCAAGACAGUCUGAAUUUGAGGUUCUUUCCCAAGAAGAACAUAAAGUCACCCUAGUGGAGACUGCUUCAGAGGCACUUGAGGAUGAGAUCCGGGCCCUCAGGGAAGAGAAUAAAAGACUGCGGGACCAGCAGAGUGUAGGAUCUUCCGCAGCCAUUAAAGAUCUUGAGAUUCAAGUCAAGGCCUUGAACAAGGAGAACAACAGACUGCGCCAAAUGGCACUUAAAGACAUUCCAUCACUAUUAGUGGCUGUGAAGACCCUCGUUUUGGAUAAGAUCACAGAGAGCUCAAGCGAUGAAGGUGAAAGUAAAUAUGAGACCAGUGUUGCUCAACCAUCACCUGCUCAACUCGCAUCUCCCAAACCAGCAUCAGUGCAACUAGGGAAUGAUGACUCCACCAGAGUGUCUGCCCAUUGUUGGGAGACUGCAAAAGCACAACCCACAGUGAAAGGAAUGGCCCGCACCCUUUUGCUGGGCCUGUUCAGCGUUGAUGUCCUGCUGAAGUCCAACCUGACGGGUCAACAAGGUCAAUCCAUCUGCAGAUCGACGUCAGCCUCUGGACCCCAAAAAGCUUAAAGCUUUACUCGAGGCAGUUGUUCAGCAACACCCAGGGGCGAAGAUUCCGGAUAUACGAACGGCCAUAAACAAAAGGAUCUGUGAGUUAAGACACCAGGAGAAGAAAAAGACCAUGGACAGCUGAAGGACUGGCCAAGGCUGCACAGCGAGCCUUGAUAACUUAACAUGUUAGAACCAAAACAGCGUGCAUUGUUGU